AUGACGGGCCUGGCCUGUAACAGCAGCUGCAUCUGGAAGGAGGCCCCCUCCCCAUGCUGUUUCCAGAAGAGGCCUCUCCCAGCAGUGGGGCCCUCAGCACAGGCUCAUGCUAGUCCUGGAGGUGGGACCCGAAGCCCCAGGAUCCCCUCAGCAGCCCCUCCUGGGGCUGGGACACCCAGGUCCGUCUUGGGGCUGCAUAAGCCCCUCAAAUUUGGACAGGUCCAGACAUGCCAGGGGCUGCAGCCAGUGCCCGGGGGGGCGGGUACUUGGCCUUCAGCCCUGGCUGAGACCCCUGAGAGGGUUGGAGUCAGUUCUGACCCAGAGACCUCAAUGAGCCUGGUUCCGCCGCUGACCAGCCAUGUGCCCGUGGGCAACCACAGAACCCCGGGCCCUGGUUCUGGGUACAAGUGGGGACAGCAGCUCACUCCAGGCUGCCAGUGCCAGGAAGCCCGUCAGGCCCGACUGGGCCAGCCAGAUCAGCAGUGUCGGCACAAACUGCUGUGUGGCAUUCCUCGCUGGGAUGCCAAGGGCACUGGGCCUGUGGAUUCCCUGCCCGCGCCCCCCCCCCCCAGCGCCCCCCCCAGCUCCCACUCCCUCACCUCCCCCGAAGGAUGUGCCUCCCAUCUGGCCUCUGCUCUGCUCUCCUGCCCACCACCCUGUCUGUCACUCCUGCAGCUGGCCGCCCUGCCUGCCAAGCCUGCUCUCCUCUCCCCUGGCAGCCCUAGCAAGGCGGAGUGGGGGGCCCUGGGCAUGGAAGCACUAGCCAGGGGACGGGGGUACCCAGAUGGGCAGGUGGAGCCCACAGCAGGCAGAUGGGGAGACCGAGGCCAUGUCCAGGGACCCUACACAGAUGGGGAGACCGAGGCCACGUCCCGGGGACCCCGCACAGAUGGGGAGACUGAGGCCACGUCCCGGGGACCCCGCACAGAUGAGGAGACUGAGGCCACGUCCCGGGGACCCCGCACAGAUGUGGAGACCGAGGCCACAUGGGGAGACCAAGGCCACGUCCCGGGGACCCGCUGUCCCCACGACAAGCGGCAGAGCUGCAGCCCUGGCACGGCACCACAUUUGUCCCCUCCCACCUGUCCAGGGCUCCCCCAUCUGGCUGUGUCCAUGCUGGGGGAAGGUGUUACAAUGGUGCUGAGAAGGGGCCUUCACUUCAGUGACCCCUCCCAGGCUGAGAUUCCCCCUACCAAUCCAGGGCCCAGGACAGGAGGCCUGCGGGCAGCCAUGUGUGUGCCGAGGGUGGCUGGGCGCAUGGCCCUCCCUACUCUGAGCCCCAGCUCCAGCUGCCUGACAGGGACAGAGCCGUCCUGUUCUGGGCCCGGUGCCUGCUUCCCCAGUUCCUGCACCACGAGGCUGGCCUGGCAGAGAUGCCCACCUACCUGCCUGCUGCACCCACAGCUAUGUGCUAACGAUGGCUCUAAUCCUGAGCCCCAAGUCCAGGGCCUUCUGUUUGCCCAGCGUGGGCUGGGCGUGGCCCACACACUCAGUGACCAACCAGCUGUCACCAAGCUGCCCCCUGGGCCCCCCGUGCGUGCCAGGACCGUUCAGGGCGCUGUGGUCGAGGCAGGCUCGGGAAGGGGGUCCACAGGUGGAGUUGGUGCCGGCGUUCCCCUGCCCCUGGCCUGCCAGUCCCACGCAGAAGAAACAGAGCAAGGUGGGGGGCUCGGUCCCCAGGCCUCGCCAGGCGCUUUCCAACCAGCAAACCCUGUGCGCCCACCUGCGCGCGGGCAGCUCGAGACCCAGCGUCCUGGGCAGGGCGCCACCGGGCCACGGACCCGAAGCCGAAGUUUAUUUUCCCAACUGCGGCUGAUUCAUGCCCAGGAUGCCGCAGCCGCGAGGCGGGAGCACGGGAGCUCUUCCGGCCAGGCCGCCCCUCUGCUCAACACCCGCGGGCGGGGCGCGCAGCCGGCGGGGCGCAGGGCGGCCUGGGAUCCCUGCCUGGGAACCGGGGUCCCCGCCCGCAGCCACCCCGCGCCCCCCGCCCCAGCCCCGUCCGCGCUCACCCGCCCGGACUCAGUUUCCCCCGGGGCUCCUGGUCGGCCCAGAGGCGGACUUACCGGGCAGGGGCGGCGGCCGGAGAGCGGGGGCGCGGCGGCGCUGUGCGCGGGGCGGGGGCUGCGGUACCCGGCGCUCCGCACGGCUCGGGCUGGGGCUCCGGCUGGGGCUCUGGCUCGGUCCCGGGCUUGGGGCUCUGGCUGGGGCUCGGUCCCGGGCUUGGGGCUCUGGCUGGGGCUCGGUCCCGGGCUUGGGGCUCUGGCUCGGGGCUGGGACUGGGGCUCGGGCUCCAGCUCCCGGCGGCAGCGGGCGGGGCGGGGCGCGGUGCCACCUCCUCUCCCUUCAGCUCCGCCCUCCCCGCCGGGAGGCCCACGUCCCCCCACUGGCAGCGAGCCAGCCUCGGACAGGAUCACCUUUUUGGGGCCCCGAAGUCCGGCAGGUGGCCCAGGGACAGGGGGCCGCAGUCCAAGCUCCUGGGGAGACGUCAUGGAGGAGGCACCCAAGCUGGACCCUGAGGGCUGGCCACUGCCCGGCACAGAUGGCCUGUCUGACUUCGGGAAGCCCUUCUGGAAGCCAGGGCCCACCGGGGAGCUCCUGUCCUGCGGCCUGUCCUGA